CGUUCGCUCUCCUGCACGCUACAUAUAUUCGCACUGCCACCGUCGAGCCAGCAGCACCGCAAGGACUAUACACUUUCGUGCGCGCCUGUGUGUGUUUUUGUUUCUCCAAGUGCAUACGAGUGUGCAAGUGUGUGUGUUGUGCACGAAUAUACAUAGCAAAAUACAUAGACGAGAUCGCAGUUAGCACGCGCUGCAGCUGCGCGCACCAGAGAGCCAGCCAGCCAGCCACCAGUCGCAAGAUCGCCGUUAUGGCCUCUGCAUGUCUCGCGAUCGCGAGCAGCGCUGCACAUUGUUGUUUCGCGACCGUAGAGUGCUAGUGUAAGCGGUGUCUUUCGUUAUACCUGUAUAACGAGCUCGCUCGCUUGGACUCGAGUUCCUCGCGCUGUGUCCAGUGACAAAAUGUGAUCGGUGCCUCUCUGCUGCUGUCUCGUAUAAUUUACAAUCGACUCCGAAUCUGAAAGACCUGUCAGAGCCGCAGACGCGCAGACAUCGUCUCGGAAAAUAAAAGCAACGAGGAUCACAUCGGCGAGUCCUUGACUCGUCUUCUCUCUCUCUCUCUCGUUCUCCUCUUUCUCGGCGGCCGCCCGUAUAUACGUAUACGCACGUCUCUCUCUCUCUCUCGCUGCCGCUGCAACAGCGAAAUUCCCGAGCCUCUAAAUGGUUUUAUGGUCGAGAUACUGUGACCGAAGUCAGAGUCAGUGAGACAAAGGGAAAAAGAAAUAGGAGAUAAAAGGGCCGAGGAGAAGCAGGAUGGCGACGAUGACGAACAGAAUGUUACCCUGGAGGAUAACGAUGCUGAACUUGGAUAAAUUAUGGCUGCUAUACGGCUGCAUAUUUCUCGUGGCUUUUGGAAUUCAAGAGACAAAGUCACAGCUGCUGGAAUCGGAGUUCCAGCCGACGGUCACAGCCAUGUGCAAGCCCGGCUUCAUGAACAUCCGCGUGAACUUCAAUCAGAGCUUCGUGGGGACGGUGCACUCGCGCGGCUACAACAAGGAUUACCGCAGGCCGCCCUGCAUGGCCACGGGCAACGCCUCCAACUCCAUCAAUCUCAAGAUCGAUCUUUUCGCCAUACCGGAUUCACCCGAGUACUGCGGCAUCGUCGUUAACAACAGAACAGACGAGAGAUCUAUCUCGUUGGCGGUGAGAAUACACAAAACUCUAGAGCUCGCAGAUGACAAAUUUUACGUGAUAACGUGUGGAAAUACCAAGUACAGAAAUGCAAGGAACGAGACGUCUUUGGUGUCCUUACGACUUUUGGAUAGUGCAACCAAUAGGCGAGUACAAGAGGCCAUUUUUGGGCAUAAUUACACUCUUCGAGCCGAAAUUUCACCCGUCGACCUUACAUACGGCUUCAAAGUGAAAUCUUGUCUCGGGUUCGAUACGGACAAUCACAACGUAACUAUCGUCGAUGAACGAGGAUGUCCGGAUAAAUCGAGAUUCAUCUCGAAAUUCGUUUACGACAGGCAUGCAGGAACUGCCGAGGCGACACUGUCCGCGUUUCGCUUUUCCGAUACGCAGAAGCAGUUACAUCUCCAAUGCGAAAUAGUUUUAUGCAAAGAAACGUGCGGCGAGCCCGUUUGCGACGGCGACGACAAUGCACUUGCCAUCAAGGGUCAAGCUAAUCCCCGCGAAGAGGAGGCCUUGUUGCACGCCGGUACGAGCGUAUACGUGCUGAAUCCCGGCGAUACUCCCAUGCUGCAGCCCCUGUGCGAGGACGGCAUCAUACACCCGAGCUGGCUGCUCUGGCUGGCGAUAGCCCUGGGCAUUUUGCUGCUCAUCAUGUUCAUCAUCAACGUGUUCCUUUGCUCGGCGAUGACGUGCAGCUGUGCGCGCACCGAGAUCAUCGAGAAGGAGCCGUCGAUCAUCGAAGAUUACGAUCCUUACCGAAGCUGGCACGGCUCUCAAUACGGAUCGAGGUACUCGCUGAACGGAAAGCCAGGCUACACGUCGGGAGGCUCGACGAUGAACUCGACGCGCUCGAUCUCGACCAACAGCGACCACUACGCUAUCGUUCAUUCGCGACCCGGCAGCCGUUACUCGGGUCCACACAACAAGCAACACCACCAUCAUCGGGGACCCUCGUCCAAUCUCGGCUCCCAUUAUUCUGCCAAGUGAUGCGAUGCAUUGCUUUUUAGAAAAUUUUAGUCUAUUUUUAUUUUUUAUAAUUCUAAGAAAAAUCUCCGUAUUGUAUUAUAUAAAGUAUCGUUACAGCAUUUCAUAUUAUAUUCUAAUCGCGAGCAUUCGAGUUAUAUGAUUUCCUUAAUUUAUCUAAAUCCGAUGAGCUAUGCUAGAGGGCUAAGAAAAGUCAGUGCUUUAUUUCUUUUAUCUUAUAAGUUGAAGCAAACUAUACUUAAAAUUAACAAGUACUGUUUUACGCUUGUUAUUAAUGGCUAGUAAUGUUUGUUGCGUGCACAAAAGACCCCGGUUUAAUGUCAAUAGCAGUAUCUGUACGAUUAAUGUAGUGUAUAUCUUAUUAAUGGAUAGUGGAUACCUAAAAGUCGAUAAACCAUUCGUCACACCAUUUUUCAGAAAAUCGAAUAAAAUUUCUUAAUUUCUCCAAAUACUGAAUGAAAAAAUUGUUUAUAUCAACAUUUGUACAUUUAAAAUCUCAAAAAAGUUGACGAUUCCGAUAAUUAAUGUCAUUAUCUUAGAAAUUUGACCUACUCAAAGCAUUUUAUGUUACUUAUUUUUAGAUGUAGUUGGAACGGAGAAAUAAAACUUAAAAAAAUUUAA